AUGAAUAAUAACCAAUAAAAUCAUAUUCCACCAUAAUGCAACUUUGUAAAUUCAAAAUAAUUCCACAAUCCUUAAGUUAAUUUUGUGAAUAAUAAUUAAUUACCAACAUUUAUAUAACAGCCAUAAAUUCCACAUUUUAAUUAGCAUCCAUUUCAAUAAGGGAUUAAUCAUUAACCAUAAAACAUUAAUUAAUAAUAAUAAAUCCAAUAAAAACUGACAUUCCCAUUAUUUUUUAAGGAUAUUGAAAAAUAAGAUUUACUUACAAUUUCAGGAAUAGAGUAUAUAAAGAAGAGAUUAAUAGGUAAAGGUAGUUAUGGUUUAGUCUAUCUGAUAUAAAAUAAAUAAACCUUUGAAUUAUAUGCUUUAAAGAUUUAAUCAUCCAUUCAAAAAGAAGAAAUAGAAAUUUUAUAAAAGUUAAAAUAAAAAGUCUUUAAAAAUCUAGUUAAUAUAAUAGAAUUUUAAAAACAUCAUGAAACAAAUGAAUAUUUUUUAUUGAUGGAAUAUUGUGAAAAUAGUUUAUAAAAUGAAAUAGAUAAACAUCCUCUUGAUAAAAAUGAGGCUAGAUAUAUAAUUAAAUAAAUAGCCAAUGGUAUAAAGGAAUUGCAUGAACAAAAAAUUAUCCAUAGAGAUUUAAAACCAGAAAAUAUUCUUGUUUUUGUUAAAAAAGAUCAUAAUAUAAAUUUGUCAUAAAAAAUAUAUAAAAUAUGUGAUUUUGGUUUAUCAAGUACUAAAGAUUUAGCACUUACCUUAUAAUGUGGAACUGCUCAUUAUAUGCCUCCAGAACAAAUUCAACAAAAUAAUAAUCAUUAAGGAUAUGAUUAAUCAGUAGAUAUCUGGGCCUUUGGUACUGUUAUUUAUGAAUUAUUUACUCAAAAAGUCAUGUUUAUGAAAUCUAAUAGAUAAGAAAUUUAUAAAGAAAUUCUUAAUAUUACACAAGAAGAGAUUGACUAAAAAAUCAAAAAUAAUUUGACUAUGUUAGAUUAAAAAUAUGUAAUGCUUGUUUAAAAAAUGAUUCAAAUUGAUCCAUCUAAGAGAAUAACUAUUGAUUCGAUUUUGUUAUAACUAAAUUAAAAGGGUAAAAAUAUUUAAACUCAUAAUGUAAAUAAAGAAAAUAUUAUAAAAGCCGUAAGAACUAUGUAGAAAGCAAAGAAGUAAUUCAGAAGGCAAUAAUGGACUAAAUUAGAUUUAAAAGCCAUAGUAGAAUAUUUUUAGUACUGAGUAAUAAACACCUAUUUAUUAGUUUUAGUAAAAAAAUACUUAAAACAUUUAAACUAAUAUUUAGAGUUUUAUUAAUUAAGAGAAAUUUAAUAAAUUCAAUUAAUAAAAGAUUUUAAAUUAAAAUAAAGAAUAAUUACCAUAAUGA